AUGAUUGAAGAUUGCAAACCAGACAAAUUUUCUUUGCUUGAGAUUAUAGACAUGUAUGUAACAGUAGGAGGAGAAUGGGUGAAUGUUGACAUAUAUUAUAGGGUUUUUGGGUACAGUUUGGACAUGGGAGUAAAGCAAUUGAGGUCAGACUGUGAUGUUAUCGUGUUACUAAAAUGUUAUGAAGACCUGCCAGUAGUUGUAAUAUACAUUGAUGAAGUUGACGUUAAUGUCAACGAACAGACUCAAAACAGUGAUACACUUGAGACUGAUUCUAAUGACAGUGACUAUAAAUCCACUGAUGAUGCAGCCUCCAUUGAUGGUCCAACCUCAACUACUGUUGCCUCCACUGCUCCUGUCGCCAAUGUUGCUACCUUCAAUGUUGCUGCUGCCUCUAGUGCUGAUGGUCAAGCCUCCACUACUCCUGCCGCCAAUGUUGCUGCCUCCAAUGUUGUUGCUACCUCAUUGUUGCUGUCUCCAAUGCUGAUGCCUCCAAUGCUGCUGGUGCCUCUAGUGCUGAUGGUCAAGCCUCCAUUGCUACUACCUUAA